AUGGGAAGAUCAAAGAGAGGGGUUAGGUUCCCCCACGGCAACGGCCAGGCCAGCGGCUCUGAAGGUCGCCGUUCCAGCUUCAGCGAUGCCAGUGAAGAUGGAGGCACUUCUCCUACCCGGACCAGAAGGAUAUCCCAACUUGCUCCUGUCGACGAGAAGCCGCCCACGCCCGAAGAAGAGUACCAGAAGAAAAAAGCCAACUUCAUUACUCGAACAUUUUGGACACUUUGCAUGCUAGCCGCGUUCUUUACCGCCCUCUUCAUGGGCCACAUUUACAUCAUCAUCAUCGUCACCGUGGUCCAAAUCGUUUCCUUCAAAGAAGUCAUUGCCAUUGCCAACGUUCCGAGCCGGGCGCGAUCUCUCCGAUCUACCAAGAGCCUCAAUUGGUAUUGGUUGGCUACCACCAUGUAUUUUCUCUACGGCGAAAGCGUCAUUUACUACUUUAAGCACAUUGUCUUGGUUGACAAGGUGCUGCUGCCUCUCGCCACACAUCAUCGUUUCAUCAGCUUCAUUCUCUACGUCUUUGGUUUUGUCUUCUUUGUUGCCUCGCUUCAGGCUGGACACUACAAGUUUCAGUUCACCAACUUUGCAUGGACGCACAUGGCACUGUACCUCAUCGUCGUUCAGGCCCAUUUCGUCAUGAAUAAUGUUUUUGAGGGCAUGAUUUGGUUCUUCCUGCCCGCCGCCCUCGUCAUUACCAAUGACAUUUUCGCCUACAUUUGUGGCAUUGCCUUUGGCCGCACUCAGCUCAUUAAGCUGUCACCCAAGAAGACUGUGGAAGGAUUUGUCGGUGCUUGGAUUGCAACUGUGCUAUUCGGCAUGGUACUUGUGAAUCUGAUGAUUCGGUCCAAGUAUUUCAUCUGUCCGGUCAAUGACCUCGGAGCCACCAUUUUCACAGGGCUCAAAUGCGAACCGAAUCCCGUCUUCAUUCCUCGCACCUACUACAUGCCGGAGCUUUUCUUUUUGCCGGAAAGCUUUAAGAAUUUCUCAUUGACGUUUGCCCCGAUGCAACUUCACGCGUUCGCGUUGGCGACAUUUGCGUCUUUGAUUGCUCCAUUUGGAGGUUUCUUCGCUUCGGGGCUGAAGCGCAGCUUCAAGAUUAAGGACUUCGGCGAUUCGAUUCCAGGACACGGCGGCAUCACUGACCGCAUGGACUGCCAGUUCAUCAUGGGAUUCUUUGCGUACAUGUACUACCACACCUUCAUCUCCCUCCACAAGGUCAAUGUCGGAACGGUUCUCGAGACUGCGAUUACGAGCCUGAGCCCAGAGGAGCAAAUUGAGCUGGUCAAGACCAUGUCGCGGUACUUGGGCAACCAGGGAGUUGUGUCUGAAAAGUUCCUUGCAUGCGUUGAGCAAACAAUCAGCAGCUAG